UUUCAUACCAUAAAUGCACCUUUUUCCCACAACAGGAAAGUUUGACUCUAGUCAACAUAAAUUGACUGGGUUUGACUCCUCAAAUAACUAUGUCUAUGAGAAAGGAUUAUUAUUCAUUCUGUAGUCUGUUUCCCCCUUUGUCUUUCUUCUUCUUGUUCCUGUGGCAGCAGGAGCUGAAAAUGUUUGGAUCCAUAUGUUGUCAAGUAAGAGCAAAUCUCAAAAGAGCGGCAACAUCCAGCAAUGGGCAUCCAUUUUCAUCAACAGCAAAUCGGUAUUUUCUCUUCACAUUACAGAAUCCAGAUGUUCUAAUUAAAGCUAGGGUUAGUUCUAUGUUCUGUUCCUUGUCUACUGCUAGUAAUAAUAUCAAUUCAUCUUCUUCCGAUUCAUCAUUUGUAGUUGGUUAUUUGAUUAAUUCAUGCGGAUUAUCCAAAAAUGAAGCUCUUUCUGUUUCUAAGAAAAUCAAAUUGAAACCCACAUCCCAACCAGAUUCAGUUGUAGAAUUGUUUGAAAGCUAUGGUUUCACCAAACCCCACAUUUCAAAACUCAUCACUAAGCAUCCAUCAGUUCUAUUAUCUGAUCCUUGUAAAACCCUAAAACCCAAAUUGGAUUUCUUCAAAUCUAAGGGGCUUGAUGGAAUUGAAUUACCAAACUUCAUUUUAACGUACCCGAGAGUUCUAAGACCGAGCUUAAAAGGCGCUAUGAUCCCCUCUUUUGAUAUCUUUAAGAGCAUUGUUCAUACUAAUACAGACACCAUUAAAAUCCUAGGGCGGUGCACUUCUUGGAUUCUCGGAAUCUACCAACUUAAGAAAUUGAUGGUAAAUAUAGAGCUUUUGAGAUGUGAAGGUGUCCCUCCGUCUAAUAUUUGCAAGUCCCUAAUCAGGAAACCUAGUGGAUUUAUAGGAGAUGCUGAUAAAUUUAAAGAGAUUGUGGAAAAGGUUAAACGAAUGGGUUUCAAUCCUUUACGCACGACAUUUACUAUAGCUAUAGAGGGAUUGGUAUCAAUGAGCGAAGCUACUUGGAAAAUGAAACUGGACGCUUACAAGAGCUGGGGUUGGUCUGAAGAUCAAAUUCAAACAGCAUUUAGGAAAGGUCCUCAUUGUAUGAUGGCUUCUGAAAACAAGAUUACGGCAAUUAUGGAUUUCCUUGUGAAUGAAAUGGGUUAUGAUUCUUCAAGUAUUGCUGAAACCCCAGUAAUUUUUAAUAAUAGCUUGAAGGAGAGGAUUAUCCCUAGGUGCUCUGUUAUUAGAAUUUUAGUCUCGAAGGGUCUCAUUGAGGGAACAAUUCCUCUGAAUGUGCUUUCAGUAAUGACAGAUAAGUCAUUUUCAGAAAAAUUUGUGAAACCGUAUGAGCAAGAAGCUCCUGCAUUAAUGAAGGUAUUCCAAGGUCAGCUGAGUUACCAGGAGCUACUUUUGAAAUGAUGUGUUCGAAGAGAUGAAUGCGCGUUACCGUUGACUGACUUGAUUGGAAUUAGAACAACUACAGUGAAACAAACAAGCAGUGUGUAUGCAGAAGUUUUAAUCCUUAACGCUGCAGGUGACUCAAAAACUGGGUGUUAAGAGAACUCACAAAAAACGCUGCUGCAAUUAUCAGUAAGAUUUUGAACAGAUUUUCUUAAAUCUUCCUUCGGAAGUUCUUGUUCUCCUCGUAAACCCAAGUCCCAACACCACCUAGUCCAAUUCGCAAGCCCAUUCUGACAAACCUUAGUGAAUCAGGCCCAGUGCUGCCGUGUGAUUUUGAGUCAGAGGCAGUAAAAAAGAAACAUGUUAACUUCAGACCUCGGCAGGAAGAAGACAUUUCCGAAAGGAAAAAAAAAUAAACUUAUACAUAUGCCACUAAGUGAGUCUAAUUAGGCAUGGCCAUUUUAGGAGCGUCUUAUGAAUUCCAUGAUCCUUUUCUUUUUUUGAUAUAUUUCUUUUAUUAAUUACCAAAAAUUUGCUUUAUUAGUGAAGAAUUAAGGUAAACUGGUUUGGUCACUUUGGAUUAACAGAUUAAUCCAAUUAGGCCAGUUAACACACCAUUCUAUUUCUUGAAAUUAAGGUAAACUGGUUUGG